AUGAACCACAACUACCACAUACGGCGACCAACCCCACAUAACAUAGGCAACACGCGUAACCUAAAAGAAUGUGUACAUUCUUUAACGGAGGCGGGGAACCCCUCCAUAAAUAACUCGGAGAUUUCCAAUAGCAAAGCCCCACAGGUUGCGAUUAACGGAUUCAUCGCGUGGUUGCUUUUUAUUGUGUUUACGGUGAUGUAUUUGGUCUGGGCGAUCGUUCCCGAUCGCGUCUUGCAUCAGCUGCAUAUCACGUAUUAUCCGGAUAAGUACUGGGCCGUGGCGGUGCCCGCGAUGCUUGUGAUCUUCUUUUCUUAUUACUUCACCACACACGCGUUUUUAGUUCUCAUGAUGACGUAUCCGUUAGAUGACGGCCACGUGAUCACGGAUGUGGAUGCCAAGACGGAUACGCAGGUGAACGUCGCCGUGCUCGCGGAGCAGACGGGGAGUGUUCCGAUGUGGGUGUAUAUCCCCGUAUCGAUUUCCAGCCGUUUACUAUUUCAACCCUGGAAGGAAAAGUGAGGAUGACGGAGAGGGGGUGCACGAGCAAAAAGACAUAUCAUUCUAUAAAUAUGUUGCGUGCGAUAAGCGAAGAAGAGAGUUGAGAAGGGGAAAGGAUCUAGGGUGUCAAGUAGAUCAGCUGUUUGCUCCCCAUUUCUAGAUGAGUGUAUUCACGUUAAAA